AUGGCCGCCAACCUGAACAAAAAUGAGUCUGUCGAUCUUACCACUUUUAUCAACUCUGAUGUCGUAAGGGAAUUGUUUGCCUUCGGCUUAGGUGGAGUAUUGGGAUUAAUCGCUUGGGGAAUAGAUUUGUCGAGAGGGAUCGUAGGAAUUUUAGAGUUUAUGGUUAGGGGGGUUUUGUUGGCGUGGAGGGUAUGGUUUGAGGAGUGCGUUAGGUACAACGGCGGAAUGGAUUAA